CAGCCAUUGCCAUCCUCCAAUGCCGGGAGAAAAGGGACAUGGAGCACUCUCGUGUGAUUGGAUAUGGGACUCCCGCAAUGCGCGGAUGUCGCCAUGCGGUGUGGUAGACCUAUCUACCCUCCCCGCUAUUGUGGCAUUGAUUGUCAUUCUGGGUUAUGCGACGGGUCGGCUACCUGGGGUUAAACGUCCACGAUGGACGAGGCCCUUUAUUAUGGAGAAGCCGAUGACUUCGGAGCUGCCGUUAGAUGGAGCGAAACAACGGAUUGGCUGGGUGAUCACUCUCUUUGCCGUCUCGUUGAUCGGGUCCAUCGCCGAACUCAUCAAAGUAGUUCUUGACCGGCAGUUCUCCAGUGCUGCUCUUCUUGUAGCCUGGGCUGCUGCAACCUGCCUAAUCGCAAUAGCACGUCCGAGGUCAUGCCCGGUCUCUUUGUUGGUCUUUUUUGCUAGUGCAUUGGUAGUAGAGAUUGCGACCGUUGCGAGCCACGGCACUUAUGCCGGUUCAAGACUCAUUCCUCACUAUAUAUCAGCGGGUGCAGCUUUGGUGGGUGGUCUCAUUAUCCUCAUGAUGCCUUUUCGAGGCCCGUCGCUGCCUUGCAUGGAUAUUGGGGCUGUUGGCCAACAGCCAUCCAGCAAAUACCGCAGCCCUGAGGACAACCUGCGACUCUGGCAGUUUUUGAGCGUGUCAUGGAUGGCACCGUUGAUGUCUAUAGGCAGGGCCAGGCAAUUGCAGGAAGACGAUGUUUGGUUUCUGGGAUUUGAAUUUCAGCAUCUCAGGCUACAUGAGCGGUUCCGAAAGUUGAAAGGCUCUGUCAUUAGCCGACUACUUCAGGCCAACGGGAUCGAUGUUCUGAUCAUCACCACCAUUGCCAUCGUGCAGAUGGUUUGCGACUUUUCCACACCGGUGCUCCUUCAACAGUUGUUGCAGGCAAUGACGGAUCGUGGUUCGUCCAAUCGUGCUGCUCUAACAUACGCUCUGCUGUCCUUGCUUCUGCGUCUGGUGGCGGCGCAGUCUCAGGUACUGAGUCUUUGGUAUGGCAGAAGGUGUUACGAGAGAAGCAGGGGGGAGAUGAUGAUGAUGGUCUAUGAAAAGGCUUUAUCACGGAAGAACAUAUACGACCAGCAGGUGAUUGAAAAUACCGACGAGAAUAAUUCACAGGAAGACGAUACGGAGACAACUUCCGAUGAGGGACGUAAAAGAUGGUGGCAAUUUUGGAAAUCCCGGCCGGCCGGCAAGGCAGAAGCUAAGAAGACUGCUUCCAUGGGCAAGAUAUUCAACCUAUUACGAGGCGAUGUCUACGAGGUAGCCCAGCGAUUCUGGGAGAUCGAUGCACUGAUCGACAAACCUCUGGGUCUUGUCAUUGCGGUUGUACUCGUCUGGAAGCUGCUUGGCCCGUCAUGCUUCCUGGGCAUCGUGGCCGUUCUGAUCGCGCAGGUGUUGAAUAUCUUCGUCACUCGCAUUCUUCUCCAGAAAGAACGGAUCCGUCGGCUGGCCACGGACAAUCGACUCCAGAUCUCCUCUCAAUUCGUGGAGGCACUGCGUCACCUGCGCUGGUACGGAUGGCAGAAUCACUGGCUGCGGCAAGUCAUGGAUGCGCGACAAUCCGAGCUAAAUGUCCGGAUUAUCACCAUGCUGUGGGGCAUCAUCAUUCGUUUCAUCAACACGUUUGCCAGCGGUCUGUUCCCGGUGGUUGCGCUAUAUGCGUACACUCUUCUGGCCGGCCACCCGUUACGUAUCGAUAUCAUCUUCCCGGCUCUGCAGCUCUUCACGAUGCUCGAAACUCGUUUGCGGGACAUCCCCAGCCUGAUCACCGUAUUGAUCAACGCGUCUAUUGCCAUGGAAAGAAUCGAGGACUUCAUGGCAGAGCCGGAUAAGGAGAAGAAGGCCAUCUCUGACGCAGAAUCGGCCCCAAUCCAUCUCGACUCUUGUUCCUUCGGGUGGCCCGGUAAAGCGACACCGGUGCUUUACGACAUCGACCUGAAGAUACCCCAAGGACUGACCGUUGUUUUCGGCAAGGUAGGCUCUGGUAAAACAGCUUUACUCCAGGCCUUGCUGGGCGAACUGGACAGACUCAAAGGUGUCUCGUACGUGCCCAACGAGAUGAUCGGAUACUGUGCUCAAACGCCAUGGCUGCAGAGCAUGAGCAUCCGUGACAACAUACUCUUCUCGUCGCCCUUUGAUGAGCAGCGUUACAAGCAGGUUCUUGACGCGUGCGCCUUGAUACCCGAUCUUUCCAACUUCAAGCAUGGCGAUUUGUCAUUCGUGGGAGAGAAUGGCAUCGGUUUGUCAGGUGGACAGAAGGCACGGGUAGCUCUCGCGCGGGCGAUGUACAGCACCUCCAGGAUCUUGUUCCUCGAUGACCCCUUGUCAGCCCUGGACCAUAACACUGCCGAAACGGUGGCUCAAAAAUGCUUUACGGGGCCCUUGAUGAAAGACCGCACGAUUGUUCUCGUCACCCAUCGAACCCACCUGGUUCACCACAUUGCAAACCAGAUAAUCCUUAUCCAAGAUGGUCGCGCCACGGUCGAAGACCAACAGGAUGCCUCACUAAACACAGGUGAUCCCCACGGAGACGUCUCCGCUGUUACUGAACCCGAGCCCGAGAGCGAAGCACUUGCAGACGACACAGCUGCAGUACCCACCAAGUUCAUUGAGGAGGAACACCGCGCCGAAUGGGGCGUCAAGGCCAAAGUAUACUGGAAAUACAUCAAAGCCAGCAAAUACCAGUGGUGGAUUGUCCUGAUCGCCAUGCUAACAAUCUACCGAUUGACCUCCGUGGGACAGUCCUGGUUUCUGAAGGGGUGGGGAGAAGCCUAUAACGAAACACUUCUCCUAUUCGGCUACUCAACAUCGACGGCGAAAUCCUUCACGGGCGAACUGACAACCCCCUCAGAAAUGGUGAACCUGAUCAACUGGAAACCGACAAACCCCCUGGACGAAUUCCCGGCCCCACUCGAAGACGUCCGUCCAUGGUUGCUCGCGUUCUUCGCCAUCACCACCUUCCAAUCCAUCAUGCUUCUCCUCGCACAACUCGUGAUGCUAGUCAUGGUGUACAGCGCGGGCAAAACGCUCUUCUCGGAAGUCAUGGAGCGAGUCAGCCACGCGACCUUCCGCUUCUUCGACGUCACCCCCAUCGGCCGGCUCAUGAACCGGCUCACCUCAGACAUCGGCGUAGUCGACGGCAACAUCAGCGAGCAAUUCCAAACCAUCGCCUUCCAAGCCAUCACCUGGCUAUCGUCCAUCGCCGUGAUCGCCUCCGUAACACCCAGCUUCCUCCUCUUCUCCCUCCUGCUGACCACCUUCUUCAUCGCCAUCUUCCUGCACUUCCUGCCCACCUCCCAAAGCCUCCGCCGCCUAGAAAUGGUCUCGCUCAGCCCCCUGAUCUCCAACUUCGGCGAGCUGCUUCACGGCCUCACCACGGUGCGGGCCUUCCACGCCGAGUCGCGCUUCCAAGCCCGGGUCAUCGCCGUGGUCGACAAAUUCCAAGGAAUGGACCACUUCUACUGGUCGCUGCAAAGCUGGCUGAUGUACCGCUUCGAGAGCCUCUCCGCGUUCUCGACCUUCUGCCUCACCGUGCUGGCCCUGUACACCAGCGUCACCCCGGGCCUGGCGGCCUUCGUGCUCGUCGCAGCCAACAACUUCGUCGCCUCCACCCACGCCCUCUGCAAGCAAUACGGCCAGCUGCAAAUGGACUUCGUGUCGGUCGAACGCGUCGACGAGCUCCUCCACGUCGAACAGGAACCCCCCGGCACGAUCACCCCGCCGGCCUCAUGGCCGAAAUUCGGACAGGACAUCGUCUUCGAAGACGUCACGGUCCGCUACGCCCCCCACCUCGAUCCCUCCCUCAAACACCUCUCCCUGCGCAUCCCCGGCGGCUCCACAACAGCCAUCAUCGGCCGGACAGGCAGCGGGAAAUCCACCCUGGCCGUCUCCCUCCUCAGCGUCGUCCGGCCAGACUCGGGCCGGAUCGUCAUCGACGGCCUCGACAUCGCGCAGGUCAACACCCAGGCCCUCCGCACCCGCGUAACCUUCGUCGCGCAAGACCCCGUCCUCUUCCCCGGCAGCAUCCGGCUCAACCUCGACCCGACAGCCGAAUACUCCGACGCGGAGUGCGCAGACGUCCUACGACGAAUCUGCGGCCGACACGGCUGGACCCUCGAGACGCGGGUCGAGGCCGGUGGACGGAACCUGAGCCAGGGCGAGCGUCAGCUCAUCGGGCUGUCGAGGGCCGUGCUCCGGCGCAGCUCGAUUGUGGUGUUGGAUGAGGCGACGGCGUCGAUUGAUCACGAGAGCUCGUUGGAGAUCCAGCAGGUGCUCAGGGAGGAGAUGAGGGAGUCGACGGUUAUUACGAUUGCGCAUCGACUGGAGGCCAUUAAGGAUGCGGAUUAUUAUGUGAUGCUGGAUGCUGGGGGGGUGGUGAGGCAGGGGUUUGUGAGAGAUAUAUAG